AUGAGCACAUUGAGGGAGAACAAAUUGCAAGGCAAAAUAGCCAUCAUAACCGGCGGCGCAAGCGGCAUCGGCGAGGCCACCGCCCGCCUCUUCGCCAAUCAUGGCGCCGCCGUGGUGGUGAUCGCUGACAUCCAAGAUGAAUUGGGCCGUCAGGUAGCCGAAUCCAUCGGCACACAUCGAUGUACCUACGUGCACUGUGAUGUGUCCGAUGAAGAUCAAGUGAAGACCAUGGUGGAACAAACGGUGCGCAAAUAUGGGCACUUGGACAUCAUGUUUAGCAACGCUGGGAUUUUGAGUAGCCCCGAUCAGACCGUUCUUGACCUUGACUUUUCAGCCUUCGACCGUUUGUUCGACGUGAACGUGCGUGGCAUGGCCUUGUGUGUCAAACAUGCAGCGCGUGUUAUGGUAGAGAGGCGCGUGAAAGGAAGCAUUGUUUGCACGGCGAGCGUGGCUGCUAACCACGGCAUGGCGAUUCGGACCGACUACUGCAUGUCGAAGCACGCGGUGCUCGGGUUGGUCCGGUCAGCAAGCGUGCAGCUCGGGGUGCACGGGAUUAGGGUUAAUUGCGUAUCGCCGACUGCGUUGGCGACGCCGUUGACGUGCCGCGCGGCUGGGAAGGGAGUGGAGGAAGUUGAGAAGGAGUAUAAGAAGUUCGCACGCUUGAAAGGGAUUGUGCUGAAAGCGGGACACGUGGCGGAUGCUGUGCUAUAUCUUGCUUGCGGUGAGUCGGAGUUUGUGACUGGGCAUGACUUGGUCGUGGAUGGUGGCUUUUUUCGCCAAUGA